UGAUUAUUCUAUAUUUAAUUGUUUCUGUUUGUUGAGCGAGUUAGUAAAGGCUGGAGGGCAGACAUGCGCAGUGCGCCCACGCUGCUCUCUGUGCGGCGCAGAGCGCACGGCAGUCCUCGGCUCCAACAGACUCCCAGAGUGUCCGGAUACGUGAGGGAUGGCGGACUGACUGACUGAUGGCUCAUCAGCUGAGGAUCCUACAGGCUGGAGGCGCUGAUCGAGUCAGAGUCGAUCAGAAGUGACUGAUCGGGCAGCCGAGCGCGCAGUUUGGCGCUUCAGACCAACAGGACUGUACUUUCUUCAUCCAUCCAUCACCUCUCCUUCCUCCGGGAUGAAGACUCCACUCAGCCCGUCUCUGCUCCUGGAGAGUGGGCAGAUCUUUGCCUUUGGUGGGAUGGGCCAGGAUCUAAUGGAUGCACCCACACCUUCAACCCUCAGUCAUCCCAUCCAGCAGACCUCAUCCCCAGGUCAGCAUGGGGCGUUCUCCUUGUGUGAGGUAUGUAACCUGCAGCUGACCUCGACUGCUCAGGCCCAGCUGCACUACAACGGCAGGUCACACCUCCGGAGAGUGAGACAGCUCCAAGCUGGAGAGGCACAGCAGCAGGCAGCAGCAGGAGCUCACACCAGGUCAGUUCCUCAGGCCACAGGAUUGAACACUAAGCCUGCAGGACUAUCUCAGACGACUGGACUGAAUCGGAUCCUCAGUGCUUCCAACACAGCUGCAGGAAGUGGGAGCGGUGCAGUGGGCGGGCCAUUGCCUGGUCUAAUUGGCGCCACCAGUCCCUCAGUGAUGAUGAAACCAUUCCUGCCGUUUCCCAUGGAGACACCGUCACCAGUCGGACUCUUUCCAAACUUUAACACGAUGGAUCCAGUGCAGAAGGCUGUCAUCAAUCACACAUUUGGUGUUACCAUGGUACCCAAGAAGAAACAGGUCAUCUCCUGUAGUGUUUGCCAACUGAGAUUCAACUCUGAUUCUCAGGCAGAGGCUCAUUAUAGAGGCAGUCGCCAUGCUAAGAAGCUGAACAAGGCCAAAGCUAAGCUGUCGGGCACCCCAGAGACCAAUGGGAACAGCUGUGGUCCUGCUGGUUCGGUCCAUCCGCUUUCCUCCAACUGCAACAACAGUCAGUGCACAGAACUACUAUCGAGCUCCAGAGACUCUCUGUCUUCUCCUAAAUCCUGCCUCCCCUCCUCCACCUCACCUCUUUCCUCCUCACCCUCUGCCAGCAGAGUCGGCAGUGAGCCUCCACCAUCAAGUCCACCCUCUGCUCUUCCUGCACCUGGCCUCUCAUCUUCUUCCUCAUCCUCUUCCUCCUCAAAAUCCUGCCCCGCAUCUUCAGUCAUCUCCUCCCCAUCCAGCGCUGCACCUCCUUCUCUAAAGACGACCUCCUCCUCCCAGGAAGCUCCUCUGUCGGUGGAGUCUGAGGAGGAGAAGGCAAAAAAGCUGCUGUACUGCUCACUUUGUAAAGUUGCCGUCAACUCUCUGUCUCAGCUGGAGGCUCAUAAUGCAGGAUCAAAGCACAAAACAAUGCUGGAGGCUCGCAGUGGUGCAGGCCCAAUCAAAGCCUACCCACGACCAGGAGCCAAGCUGAAAAACGCCAAUGGCUCAGUCCUGAAGGGCUCAGGCCUGCAGAACAAGACCUUCCACUGCCAGAUCUGUGACGUUCAUGUCAACUCUGAAAUACAGCUCAAACAGCACAUUUCAAGCAGAAGACACAAGGACAGAGUGGCAGGAAAACCCAGCAAACCCAAAUACAGCCCUUACAACAAGCAGCAGCGCAGCUCACUUACUGAGCUGGUGAAGCCUUCCCUAUCUUCCUUUCUUUCCUCUCCUUUUCCUUCCCCAUCCUCCCCACUCCCAUCUUCCAUCUCCCUCCCUCCAUCAUCUCUUUCCUCCUCUGCUCUUCUCUCACCCACCUCCUCACCCCUCGCCCCAACCAUCUCCCUCCAUCCUCGCCCUCCGUCUUCCUCGUCCCUCUUCACUGCCUCCUUCCUGCGUCCAGCUCCUGGACCGAUCAGAACCAACCAAGGAUCCAUUCUCUUCACGCCCUACUGAUGUCAGCAAAAGCAGCAGGGAGUUGAACUAGCAACCACUGCCCCGCUGUUUGCUGCAGGUUCAACUGCUGCCUCGUCUUGCUCACCAGACUAAAUCUUCCCUCAGAAACAUGAACGGAUGACAUUGUCCUACUUCUGCCAGGGACAGAGACCAUCUGAUGGAGAGGGGAGGCUGUGUCUUUGAUGAAUCCACUCACUUGAAACUGAACUGAACCAGAGUGUGAAAAGCUCAAAGACGUACUGGGAAGAAGGAAAACUGUAUGCAGUUAUUGAAAAUUCAAAAAUAUCUACUGAGCAUUUUAAAGAAAGCAAUAAGGGUUGUUGAAAUUGGAAGAGAAAAAAAAGAUCAUUCCUGUUUACUGUCCAUUUAAUGGGGAAAGAAGUAGAGAAAAUCAGAUUUAAUGUUUUUGUAUUAUGAAUUAAUUGGAGCUGAUUGGCAUAAGAGUUCUCAUUAAAAAAAAAAUAUAUAUAUAUAUUUUCCAUCAAUGAAUACUAAAUAGAGCAUUUACUUUGAUGGGUUUUCUGGCAAAUGGCAAAAUUCAAACCAUAAGAUCCAUACAGUUACAUUCAUAAAUGGGGAUAUUGUAAUUGUUUUACCUUUUAUCAAAGAACCGUCGGCCCAGCUUAUUUGUUAUAGUUCUUAAAACAAAAGUCAGUAUUGAUCGAGGUAAGAAUCAGACACAGAAUUCAGUAAUCUAAAUGUCAAAGCAGUGAAAACACUUUGAUAAUCCACAUAUUUUAGGUUUUUAUACAAAGGUGGAAUAAAAAAAAAAAAAUCCAACCACUUAGAAACUAUUCUUCCUCCCACUGAGGUCACAAACCAAAAAGGCAACAAAGAAAACUACUGCUGUCCUUCUGUUAUCCCUCAGACAUUGCUGGUGGUUUGCUUCUUAACACUGAUCAUCCCAACAUUAUUAAAACCAAGAGUGAAGAAGACGAUUAUCGUUUUGUUUUUCUGAUAUUCUGCCAACCUUGAUGUAACCUUUUCUAAUUUUGCAAUGCAAGUAAACUGAUGGUUUACUUCUGUUCUGUUAGGCGAGGAGCAAAUAAAACCAACCAGUGUCAUAUUAGCUUAAACUACAACAGCAGUGAAAGUCAUUUUCCUCCAGUAACAUACAUCUUCAAAUAACAGCAAUCAAGCUAAUCUAUACUUUGAUGGGCGUCUCUCCUGGUAGUGGUGGUUUUCAAUAAGGGCAGAAAUGGUUCUCUGCCCUGGGCAGCAUCCUGCUGGGAGUGGCACAAUGACUCAAUGGUUCUGCAUUGAACUAAAGGGCUUAUUUCCCUUCCUGUCUGGAUUUGAUCUUUAUCUAUCCUUCGAGAUCUGGUCUAGCCUAAAUUGGAUCGUUACAAAGUAGAGGUUGUUGAAACCGAAGUUUGAAGUUUAUGACUUAAGUCUAUUUUUCAAUGUUCUGCGAAGCGGUACCGUCGGGAUUUUUCUGGUCUGCAUCUGUAACAGUUUUACAAAAACUGAAUCCAUCAUUUGACAAAUCAACUGUGUUUAAUACAACUGU